AAGUAUUGGAGGUGGGCGACACGCAAGCUAUUCUCGUACUAAAUGUUUUAAGUCCAACCGAUGGAUAUGAUGGAUGAGAGGAAUUGAGGAUAUUGGACGUGUGGAACAAAUAUGCACACCAACAAAGUCCUUAAGUCCUAAUCAUUCAUUUCCAACACCAAGAGACAGUCCGUUGCACUUUUGAGUUAAUAACAACAUGGAAGCUGCAAAAUUUGUUCUGGGUUUAAACUUGUUCAUUUUUCAGUUAAAUUUAGUAGUAUUUGCUGCUGAUGGAUAUAGCAGGAAUGACUUCCCACCGGGCUUUGUUUUCGGUGCAUCAGCUUCGGCUUAUCAGUAUGAAGGUGCGGCUAAUAAAGAUGGGAGGACUCCCAGUAUCUGGGAUACUUUUGCUCAUGCUGGAAGAUGUUCAACUCAUGGUAGAUACAGGUUUGGAUGCCUACAGAUUUUCCAUUUCAUGGUCAAGACUCAUCCCAAAUGGAAGAGGACCUGUUAAUGUGAAGGGCUUGCAAUAUUACAACAAUCUCAUUAAUGAACUAAUCAGAAAUGGAAUCCAACCACAUGUUACAUUACAUCAUGCUGAUCUCCCACAGGCACUUGAAGAUGAGUAUGGAGGAUGGGUUAAUCGGAAAAUUGUGUAAACUUUCCCUCCUUAAGUUGUAACUAAUGAAUUUUUUCCU